UCAGAACAUGCCCUUGAGGGCGGAGCCCCGGAGGCAUUUAAUCAGGCUGGAGCUGGGACCGUAUCGAUAGCAGAGACUACAGCAGUGGGGAAGAGGCGCAGUGUGAUUUUUCUGAGGGAUAGAAGUGGAUUACUUUGUGUAUUUAUAGCUUUUUAACCACAGACUUUAGCCGCCAUGGGUAAAGAUCCGAACAAGCCGAGGGGAAAGACUUCUUCCUACGCGUUUUUUGUGCAGACCUGCCGGGAAGAGCACAAGAAGAAACACCCUGGAACUUCUGUCAAUUUCGCAGAGUUUUCCAAGAAGUGUGCUGAGAGAUGGAAGACCAUGUCACCCAAAGAGAAAACCAAGUUCGAGGACCUGGCCAAAAACGACAAGGUCCGCUACGACCGGGAGAUGAAAACCUACAUCCCACCCAAAGGUGCCAAGAAAGGAAAGAAAAAGAAGGACCCAAAUGCACCAAAGAGGCCACCAUCUGCUUUCUUCGUUUUCUGCUCCGACCAUCGCCCCAAGGUGAAGAGCGAACACCCCGGUAUCUCCAUCGGUGACAUCGCAAAGAAGCUUGGAGAAAUGUGGUCCAAACAGUCUCCCAAGGACAAGGCCCCAUACGAGCAGAAAGCCAUGAAGCUGAAGGAGAAAUACGAGAAGGAUGUUGCCGCGUACCGCGCUAAGGGGGCAAAGGCUGAUGUUGCAAAGAAGGGCGGACCCGGCCGGCCAGCAGGCAAGAAGGUGGAAGCCACAGAUGAUGAUGACGACGAUGAUGAGGAGGAUGAAGAUGAUGAGGAGGAGGAUGACGAUGAGGAUGAUGACGAUGAUUAAUAAGUUUGUCAGGAAACUUGAGCUGAAUUGUUUUUCAGAACAAUGUGAAAAUGCAUUUUAUUUUUUUAGCAUUUGAGUAUUUUCAAAACAUGUACAGGAAUGUGUAUAGAUCAAAUACAUAUGAGGUCAUGUACUGUUUUGUAAAUUUGUCAGCUGUUCUUGUUUCUUAAGCACUGCUUUCUUUUGUUUGAUAGCUGUGGUUUCUCUCUAUACCCAACAUUUUUUCCACUGCCAUUGUAAGGAAAAUGAGGAACAAUGUUAUGUAGUAGAAGUCUCAAUUUUUUUAGACAUUGAGCUUUAAAUUUGUGUAGACAAUUUUUAUAAUAAAACUUUGUAUAUUAUGAUUAAA